CCUUUAAGAAUCCAUCUCUCGGUGUUCCUUGUUGUGUGAUCCGAAGGAGAUCGACGAGCGUAUGGUGUCGGAAACCAUGUCGGGUGUCUCCUUGGAGCAUGAUUUCCUCGGCAUCGACAGUGCCGGAGCUGCUAAGAAACCCAUCAUGGAGCGAAAGAAGUCCUUCCGAGAGCUUCAUGGCGAGAUCUCGAAGAUGAAUCCGAAUGUCAUAAAGAGCGUGAUCGCCACCUCCAGUGCAGCGGUGGGGAAGAGAAAGACGCCACUGCCGGUGCUGAGCUCCGCUUCGAGAUCAAAGAUGGAAACUGCUCCUGCGGUGGCUCCGUUCACCAUCUUUUACAACGGCGCCGUGGUGGUGUUUGAUCUUCCACGAGAAAAGGCAGAGAAUAUUCUGAAGCUGGUGGAGGCAGACAAAUUUGGCGACCUCGUUCAUGCAUCCAAAGAGCCUGCAGUGGACGAGGAGCUUGACGUCAAUGGAGGUAUAAACCAUACGUUUGUCAUUUUCUGCCAAUACACACAACUGAAACUAAAAGAACAACGAGAAAGGGAAUUAAAUGAGGAUGUGAUGCCAUGAAACGGAGGUAUGUUGAGCUCAUACUUCAUGGCGGUUGGUGCUUUGGUUGUCAUGUUCACUGUAUGACAGCUGAAACCAGCAACAAAGACUAGAGGGAACGCACUGAUUGUUGUUGAUGCUAUCUUUAUGUUAUUCGGCGUUCCGUUUCUUUGUAGAUUACUUGUAAAUGAACAUAAUCAAAGCUUCGUUCACAAGAAUAAGAAGUUUACAGUGGUUUAAACUGGUGAUUAGUGUUUGCACAGAUUCUUAUCACUAGUUUUCUCUCGU